GUUGACUCUUGUUCGGCGGUUUUUUUGGAUUUGUGUGUCUGUUGUUAGCUUGCUAAUGCGUUUUAAGAGUUGUAUUUGUUAAAGCAUAUAUUUUAAGCAUGGAUGACUCUACAAAGCGUAUAUUACAACGUCUAAUACGACGAAUCCCUUCUCAAAUGCUCCAGACAAUGCUUAGCAAGUGGGCUCAUCUAUCAAGGGAGGACCUGCAUUCGCUGGACUUCACACAACCAAAAUGGGUGUUGACGGAACAUCUACUGGCUCUCUGUGAGGUAGAUGUAGGUACUUAACUAUUUAGUUAUCUAUCUAACUAGCUUUCUAAUGAUGUGAUGUUCUCUUUAGCUAACUUGUUAGCAGUAGUGGAAAAAGUACCCUAUUGUCAUACUUGAGUAAAAGUAAAGAUACCUUAAUAGAAAAUGACUCAAAUAAAAGUGAAAGUCAUCCAGUAAAAUACUACUUGAAAAGUAAAAGUCUAAAAGUAUUUGGUUUUAAAUAUACUUAAGUAUCAAAAAUAAAUGUAAUUGCUAAAAUAUACUUAAGUAUCAAAAGUAAAUAUACAUAAUUUCAAAUUCCUUAUAUUAAGCAAACCAGACGGCACCAUUUUCUUGUUUUUGUUAUUUAUGGAUAGCCAGGGGAUACUCCAACACUCAGACAUCAUUUACAAAGGAAGCACUUGUGUUUAGUGAGUCCGUCAGAUCAGAGGCAGUAGAGAUGACAGGGAGGUUCUCUUGAUAAGUGCGUGAAUUAGACCAUCUUCCUGUCCUGCUAAGCAUUCAAAAUGUAACUAGUACUUUUGGGUGUCAGCGAAAAUGUAUGGAGUAAAAAGUACAUUAUUUUCUUUAGGAAUGUAGUGAAGGAAAUGUAAAAGUUGUCAAAAAUAUAAAUAGUAAAGUACAGAUACCCCAAAAAACGACUUAAGUAGUACUUUAAAGUAUUUCUACUUAAGUACUUUACACCACUGCUUGUUAGUUUAAUCUAACUCUCCUUAACAGUUCAUCGUGUGCUAAGUUUAAUCAUGCCUAUCAUAUUGGGAAAUUUUUUGUUGUUAUACAAUCAACCUUUCUGAUACAUUCUACUUUUAUGUUUCCCAGGAGAAGGGCUUGACAGUGAAACACAUCACAGAACUUGAAAUGAUCUGUAAGUGUUAUCUGACAGCGUGAAUUAACUAAUUUACCCCUCAGUAGCUAAUGGUCUACUUAGUUGUCAGUAAUAGAUAAUACAUUUCACCAAUGCUUUCCAGAUAUCAUUGAGAAUCCGAACCAGGGAAUGUGGCAUGGCUUCCAGCUCCUUGAUGCAGAGGGUAAAUGAAAGUCUCUAAUACCUUGCUGUACAUUUAGUAUCUGGUGCUUUUACUGACACUCACAAAGUUGCCAUUUAAAAAUGUACCCUAAUCAAUAUUAGAGUUCCAAGGUAUUAGAGGUAGCCUAAUCAGCACUACUGUUCAUUUCAUUAUAUUUUUCUUCACAGAGGAUGCACCAUCCAUUGAGCUGACACAGUUCAAAGAACAAUUCAAGGCCAACCUCACAGAGCUCAUCAGCCAUGUAUGUAUGUUUUCCAGCUUUUAUAUGCUUGGUAGAAAAGACAGAAAACUAACUAACAUUCCUUAAAAUGGACAUUGGCUUGUAAUGUCCCUCAAUUGCUGUGCUUGCGUGUGCCAUCUCUUAGUCAAUGCCUGUAUUUGUCUUUCCUUCAAAGGUGUCUAUUAAAAUAAAGAAACACACAGAUGAGGCCAUAUGGAUACGUAUUGCCUGGGGGGACAACUUCACAAAGCCUAACCACCUUAAACCCACAUACGUUGUCCACCAUCUUCAGACCCCUUAUGUCUUUGUGACCGGCUUAACUUCGAAGCAUAAGCCUCUUUUAAACCAGGCAAGGAUGCUUUCUGAAUUGCCCCCGAGGGGAUUCAUAACGUCAUAUUGCAAUGCUUUGAAAUCUGUUUCUAUGGUCUGUAUCGCCUGUUUAACAGACUGAGUUCUGUCCUACAGGCCUUGGUUCUGGCCACCAGAUAUGGCUCUAUAAAGGAUGCUCAACUCAGUGGACGGAACCUCACCGCCAUCAGAGAUCUACUGAUGAGGCAGUACCAACAGGUAGGCCUUGGCGCUGUGAAGGGACACGGGCCAUAUAAAAGCCUUUAUCAUGACCAUCCCACUGCUUACUGCUAACAAGGAAAGCCUAUAGAACUAACUAACGAGAUUCUGUGUUCUGCACCUCUUCCUUCAUUCGUAGGUGUUCCCCACCAAACAUCCAAAACCUCUCCAGGAAAAGAAUCCUGUCCCUAGAAGUAUGUUUUGUUGUCUGCUUAUAAAAUACAAUUGUAAUGUAUACAUGAACAUAAUCAUGGUGACAACCACAACUAAUUAGAUAUCAAUAGAAUAUUGACUUAGUUUAUGUUUCACUGACAUUCUAUUUUCUCAUAUUAGACCCCAAUAUAGAGAAAGAACAGGCUGAGAAUACAGAGAACCGACUUCAGAUGGCCUGUGAGGCCUUCGGCGAUGGGACACUGCCUCAACUGCAAAAAGCUGUCUACAAGGUGCAAGAAGUUGAACUAUGGUUGUUUACGAAAAGCUUUCUUCUCAUGUGCCUGCUGUGCUGUGCGUGACAAUGUAUUCUGCUCUCUUAGCUGGAGACCAAGUUCCGAGAUAACUCUAACAAGAUGUUGACAGGCAGAGAAGAGCCCUUCAGAGGAGUGGUGGAGUUUGCCAGCACCAACCUCCUAGAGUCACUCAGGCACUGUGUGUCCUCAGGUACAGUAUCUAUAUGUCUGGGGCUGGGCUUUGUUUAAUAUCCCCUUUCAUCUCUGUCAAUAUGGAAGAGCCACAUCUUCUAGUUAGAGCUGCAGAAACACCAAAUGCUGAACAAUAGCUCUCUCUCUCUGCAGUCUGUUCCAUACCCUCAGGUUGAGAAGUCAAGUCUUCCAGGUGAAUGCUCAGCAUUAGAACGUUUUAUUUGAUGUGGUUUUAUAAUAAUAAUAAUAAUAUGCCAUUUAGCAGACACUUUUAUCCAAAGCGACUUACAGUCAUGUGCGCAUACAUGUUUACGUAUGGGUGGUCCCGGGGAUCGAACCCACAACCCUGGCGUUACAAGCACCAUGCUCUACCAAUUGAGCUACAGAGGACCACAAAGCCAGUUUUAGUUAGUUAACUGCUCAUAUGUAGCUCCACUUCUUUAUUCAAUUAUGUCCAUGGCCACAAGGGGGCAGAGGAACCAUGACAUACUUUCACUGUGUCCAUCUCAUUCUCCAGACAGAUGUGCUGAGUUGUUUGAUGUUUUUCAUCCAAAGACUAUUUGAUUCGGAGGGUCUGCUAUUAAAUGAGUGGAUUCGAUUAGACUGAACCGGGGUGAACUAGGCUAUGGCCAGUUACAUGACCGGCUAAAACCGGUGAGGGCGGAGCACCCUGCUCAAAUCAAAUCAAAUUUUGUUGGCCACAUGCACCGAAUACAACAGGUGCAGACAUUACAGUGAAAUGCUUACUUACAGCCCUUAACCAACAGUGCAUUUAUUUUUAAUAAAAAAGUAGAAUAAAACACAACAAAAAGUGUUGAGAAAACAUAGAUCACAUAGUCAUCCGGAACAGCUGGUGCUCUCAUGUAUGCUUCAGUGUUGCUUGCCUCGAAGCGAGCAUAGAAGUGGUUUAGCUCGUCUGGAAGUCUUGUGUCACUGGGCAGCUCGCGGCUGUGCUUCCCUUUGUAGUCUGUAAUAGUUUAAUAAUCUAACAGUAAUAUGUGCAACCUGGUCAAAUUGUCAACAUGGCAGCAUGAUGGAUCAUUCAGACAUUUUCAAACUAUUGUUCUUUGCAAAGGUAGAUAGUGAUUUAUGUGUUUUUAUCAAUAGCAAACACUUUUGCAUGUGAACAUGAAAUCCUAACUCAUUACUCCACGUGUUACAGUGGGGAAAAAAAGUAUUUAGUCAGCCACCAAUUGUGCAAGUUCUCCCACUUAAAAAGAUGAGAGAGGCCUGUAAUUUUCAUCAUAGGUACACGUCAACUAUGACAGACAAAAUUAGAAAAAAAAAUCCAGAAAAUCACAUUGUAGGAUUUUUUAUGAAUUUAUUUGCAAAUGAUGGUGGAAAAUAAGUAUUUGGUCAAUAACAAAAGUUUCUCAAUACUUUGUUAUAUACCCUUUGUUGGCAAUGACACAGGUCAAACGUUUUCUGUAAGUCUUCACAAGGUUUUCACACACUGUUGCUGUUUUUUUGGCCCAUUCCUCCAUGCAGAUCUCCUCUAGAGCAGUGAUGUUUUGGGGCUGUCGCUGGGCAACACGGACUUUCAACUCCCUCCAAAGAUUUUCUAUGGGGUUGAGAUCUGGAGACUGGCUAGGCCACUCCAGGACCUUGAAAUGCUUCUUACGAAGCCACUCCUUCGUUGCCCGGGCGGUGUGUUUGGGAUCAUUGUCAUGCUGAAAGACCCAGCCACGUUUCAUCUUCAAUGCCCUUGCUGAUGGAAGGAGGUUUUCACUCAAAAUCUCACGAUACAUGGCCCCAUUCAUUCUUUCCUUUACAUGGAUCAGUCGUCCUGGUCCCUUUGCAGAAAAACAGCCCCAAAGCAUGAUGUUUCCACCCCCAUGCUUCACAGUAGGUAUGGUGUUCUUUGGAUGCAACUCAGCAUUCUUUGAGUUUUGACCAAAAAGUUCUAUUUUGGUUUCAUCUGACCAUAUGACAUUCUCCCAAUCCUCUUCUGGAUCAUCCAAAUGCACUCUAGCAAACUUCAGACGGGCCUGGACAUGUACUGGCUUAAGCAGGGGGACAUGUCUGGCACUGCAGGAUUUGAGUCCCUGGCGGCGUAGUGUGUUACUGAUGGUAGGCUUUGUUACUUUGGUCCCAGCUCUCUGUAGGUCAUUCACUAGGUCCCCACUUGUAGUUCUGGGAUUUUUGCUCACCGUUCUUGUGAUCAUUUUGACCCCACGGGGUAAGAUGUUGCGUGGAGCCCCAGAUCGAGGGAGAUUAUCAGUGGUCUUGUAUGUCUUUCAUUUCCUAAUAAUUGCUCCCACAGUUGAUUUCUUAAAACCAAGCUGCUUACCUAUUGCAGAUUCAGUCUUCCCAGCCUGGUGCAGGUCUACAAUUUUGUUUCUGGUGUCCUUUGACAGCUCUUUGGUCUUGGCCAUAGUGGAGUUUGGAGUGUGACUGUUUGAGGUUGUGGACAGGUGUCUUUUAUACUGAUAACAAGUUCAAACAGGUGCCAUUAAUACAGGUAACGAGUGGAGGACAGAGGAGCCUCUUAAAGAAGAAGUUACAGGUCUGUGAGAGCCAGAAAUCUUGCUUGUUUGUAGGUGACCAAAUACUUAUUUUCCACCAUAAUUUGCAAAUAAAUUCAUUAAAAAUCCUACAAUGUGAUUUUCUGGAUUUUUUUUUCUCAAUUUGUCUGUCAUAGUUGACGUGUACCUAUGAUGAAAAUUACAGGCCUCUCUCAUCUUUUUAAGUGGGAGAACUUGCACAAUUGGUGGCUGACUAAAUACUUUUUUUCCCCACUGUACAUCACUUUUGUUUCAUGCAGGGAACCCGGCUCAUGCUGCCCAGUUUAAAAAAAUGAAUGCAAUCACUUUUAACCCUGUGCAAACUCAGCCUACCCCGUGAACAGGGCUGGCAAAAACGAAUCCCCUCAGUAAUUGCUUGUGCUUGUGUUUGACAGGUAUGGCGUCAACCCCAGUCACCCCUCUUCUCUCAUCCAUCACACAGAAAGGGAGAAACAAUUUUUUUAUCACAGACAAAGGAGUUUAAAUCAAGUUCAACUCUAAGUAGUGUAUAUUUGUAUUGAAUGUGUUAACAUUGUAUGUGGUUUAACAUAAUUUUUUUAGAACACCUUGUUUACCCCAUGCACUCUGUUUCAGAUUAAAUAAAUUGACAGAUGUAAUCUGUUUUAUUUUGUUUUAUUUAAUGUAAUUUGUUUCACUUAUUUUGUAUGAACAAAAAAAACAUUUUCUGCAAUUAU